UGGAGUUCUUUUGACGAGGUUUCAAGCCACGUCAUUAUAAACAGCUAUUGGCUAACGUCAGGUGAAAAGGCGCUAAGGGAAGUCCCAAUGAAUCAAUAACACUCAUGGGCGCGGCAGAGAUCGUUAAUCUACUCCUGAGGCCUGUCCCUUAGUAUAACGGCUCGGAUCUCACUGAUCCAAAGGUGUGGUGUGGGACAUAAUGCGGGUGUGAACGUCAAGAUGUAAUUCGACGCUGAAUGACUAGUGUGGUCUGAAUCGUUCUACUGUCGGAAUAGAGAGGACUGAUAGUAGCCAAGACGACCAGACAGCAUGACGACAAGGACAGAGAACAGAGUGGCGUCAAGGAGAGAGGAUGGAAUGACUUCGAGAAGGCCGGACAAUAUGACGUCAAGGGGAGAGGACAGAAUGACUUCGAUACGGCCGGACAAUAUGACGUCAAGGGGAGAGGACAGAAUGACUUCGAGAAGGCCGGACAAUAUGACGUCAAGGGGAGAGGAUGGAAUGACUUCGAGACGGCCGGACAAUAUGACGUCAAGGGGAAAGGACAGAAUGACUUCGAGACGGCCGGACAAUGUGACGUCAAGGGGAGAGGACAGAAUGACUUCGAUACCGCCGGACAAUGUGACGUCAAGGGGAGAGGACAGAAUGACUUCGAUACGGCCGGACAAUAUGACGUCAAGGGGAGAGGACAGAAUGACUUCGAUACGGCCGGACAAUAUGACGUCAAGGGGAGAGGACAGAAUUAUGUCAAGCAGAGAAGACAGAAUAUCGUCGAGAGGAACAAACACCAUGACGUCAAUCGUAGAGGACAUAAAGACGUCGAAUCAAGCAUUGUUUUUACGUAGAGGAGACAAUACAUCAUUGAACAGCGGGAACAAGACAUUGAGUUUCAAGGACAGGAGCACAUCAAGUGGCCAGGACAGGAUGUCGUCGAGCAGAGGGGUAUUUCAUACAAGUGGGAAUGACAGACGAGGCAUGUCGAGUGGUCUACAAACUACAACACAUGUACAAGUUGAUACUGCCGAGACUCAUGCUGAGGAAGAGCCUUUUCAGAAGAUGAAGACGACAUUCAAUCUCCUGAAGAGUGUUUUAGCCGAAAGUUUGGCUGAAACUGAUAAAAGGCCUAGCAAGCGAUAUCCCCUAAAAUCAGUGCAAGAAAACAAAGAAAUACAGAGGCUAGUCGCCAAGGUCGAUCAACUGAUGCAAAUGAUGAGGGAAAUGUCAGAGCAAUCAGACCGAAAACGCGUAGAACUGGAGAGAGAAAAUGCCAUUCUACAGAACAAGUUGGUUGAAGCCCAUGAUUCUGAAGCAACAGCUAAAGGGAACUGUGAUUUUCUGGAGCAACGUGUAACAUAUCUGACAGGGAAAUUGGAAGCCUACGAAACGAAGGAAUUUGAGCACAAGCUAACUCAGACAACACAGGACAACAACGAAAUACACACACUUCUUCGAAGGAGUGUGUCCCAUGAUGACCUUGAUGAGAACGGUGUUCAUGAUCAGUCCUUCGGCAGACAUUCCAUCAAUAGGUGGAGAUCAACAACCACAGUUGAUACCCGAGACACAGGUUUCAGUGAGACUAUUAUUGAAACAAUUCACAAGGAUGUCGAGGAAAUACGGAAAAAUAUUGAACAAUUAUUUGAAGCUGCUUCCACCUGCCCUACACCAACAACCACGUUUCCACCACUUCCGCCUCUAAUUAGAGGUUUUUGUGUCAACAUCCAGGACGCAGUCAGUUCAGAGAAAAGUCGGAUGAAUAAGUUCUCAAGAUGUAUUGGAGUGAACCAGUCCAGACUUUGUCAAUUAAAGGAUGAACAUGACUACAAACAGGACCUGCCAAGUGUGUACUGGGCCGUCAUCUACGAGUGGAACAGCAUCAAUAAUACCGAGGCAAAUCGUGCAACCAUGUUGGACCAGCUCAUACAGGCAUGCGAUGCGUGUUGGAUAACUAAUCCAUUAUCAGUGCGCCCGAUGCCAACCAAAGAUCGUCUGAUCAUUGAGAAAAAUUACUCGUACCUGGUGGAGCACCUCAUGGUGCGACCAGCUCUCGUCUACCUACGGGACUCUCAGAAGAUCACUCCAAACAUAGUCCAGUAUGUGCAGGAUCCCCAGCCAAACCCAGAUCAAGUCCAGAGGUUUGUGGAAGUCCUACCCGUGUGUGGUGGCCAGGCUCUGGACAUCUUCGUGGACGCUCUGCAGAAAUCUGAACAACAACAUAUUGUAGAUGUCAUGGUUGCCUCAGAACCAAGGAGGUUUCAAGAUCCAAUGCACAAAGACCAGCAAGGAAUAUACAGAAGAAAAAGUGAAAAGACAGAGAAAAAGAAAUUCAGCUUUAAGACUUUCAAUUUUUUUCCAAUCUUCAACUUGAAAACGAAAUAAACGCAACAAGAACCAUUUCUUUGAAAUCUUCGUAGAAAGGGUAUGGUCGAUUAUCAUACCUUCAUUUUUUAUUUUUUUUUAAGUAAUGUCUGAUUGUUACAACUGAAAUAUUACGUUUUAUUUCGACAACGCUGAUUGAAAUGACUUCUCUUAAAAUUGGCAUCAAUUCGGAUGAGACAAGAAAGUGUUGUGGCAACACAGUUUAUUAUACCUUAGAAUAGUGAGGCACGAAAAAAGUGUGUAUAGUGAUGUGAAAAAUGGCAAAUUGAUAAAUCCGAUAUCACUAGAAUACAUUUAAGAAAGAAACAGCUGAAUGCUUUCGGUGCCAUCUAACCUAUGCCAUAAAGUUUUGUUUUUUUAUACUUGGAGGUGUUCAAUCUACUGGCUUUUUGUUUGCUUGCUUGUUGUUUCAGGAGUAAAAUUACUUUUAUUUGUGUAGAUUACAUUAAUAAUGUGUGCUUCGCAUACGGUUCUGGUCAUAGUGACCAAGUCAAGUACGUCAACGUCUGUAUUUUCAUGAUUUUGUGGUAUGUUCGCGGCAUAGUGCUUAUUUCCGUUCCAAUGUCCUCUGACGGUUCUAUCAUUCAGAAUGUUCAAAGCUUUCUUAGAUAAACUAUUUACAUGGAGGUAUAGUUACUUGGCUAGAUAUAUAUCGUUUUUGUCAGUGUAUAUUGGGGGACUGUUUAUUCACUUUGUGGGGUUCAUGGCUCGUACCAAAGGGGGGAAAAAGAGGGAAAGAUGUUUGGCAGAAUUAUUUAUGAUAUUGUGUAACUGUUGAAAUAUUAAAACAAUGAAAUAAACAAUUAAGAAAGUUGUUUCAUUUAACGGGGUCUUUGUUGAGGACUAGUCUAUUCGCCGUCCUUAUCAUACCUAAAUGCAUGGUUAGCCGGUUGGCUCUUGUAGCCUAGCGCGUCCUUCCAUCAGGACUGACAUGUCGGUUAUUUGGUGAUUUAUGUCAUCAGGUCUUUGAAAGACCUUUAGAAGUAAAACACAUAAGGAAGAGAACUUAUGGAUGUCAACAUACUGUAAAGUGUUGGCUUCCAUUGUCUAUUGCUAAUCACUUAUCAGCGCCAAUCAUCUGUUGGCUUCCCUUGUUAGUUUCCACUCCUUGUUGAGUUUCCACGUUUUGUUAUCUUAUUAAUUGUACAUACCGUAUUCAACGUAAUAAGCGCCCAGGGCGCUCUCCAAAUUAGGAAUAGGGGGCUCUUAUUAGAAUAUUAUUUUGGAGAAAAAAAACAGAGUUCCAAGGUAAAUUUCGUGGUUUAUGCUGACAGUCUGAAAUGUUUAUGUACGACAGAUAUAUUUUUCCAGAAUUUAAUUGCCCAUAAUUAAGGGUGCAUAUAACACACGAGUGCAUAUUAUACGCGAAUAAAUAAGUCUUGCGUACAUUGAUAAAUUGGAAGGGGUGCUAAUUGGGAUUGUUCACUAGCCAAUAUAUUAACAAAUGUUGCCGUGGGCGCUUAUUAGAGCGGGGCGUUUAUUACGUCGAAUACGGUAUAUAUGAUCUCUGCCUCAUGGCAUUCAUUCACCUGAUGAAGGAGUAAGCAUGUUCUCUGAAACGUUGUGUUCCUCAUAUUAAAGAAGUUGACAUCCAUAAAUUCUCUUCCUUAUGAUUUAUGUCAUGUAUAACACGCAGCGUCUGUUAUUCGAAAAUCUUUCCUUUAAAUGUUCCUCGUCUUUUAUGCAGUUUGCUUUCAAAUAAAUAGUGUUUGUUC